AUGUCUCCUUCUCCCAGCCGAGCUAACCAACAAACGCCCAUGACCUCUGAUCCAGAAAAGAGGACCCUAAGGAACUUACCAAGUCGUCGAGCGAACGGACUUUUCCGCUCGCCGCCACUCAUCAGACACGCUUCAGAGCAGCGUCUGAGUUCGGGAGUUCGUCCAAGCCGACGAGAAUCUAUCGCCAAGGGGCUAGAUAAUCUCACGGAGAUCGAAAUACCUCCUUUCAAUCCGCCCUUAGGACCUCCAGUUCAACACAGUCCUCCUACGACUAACCAAAGUAUACGUAGCGAUCUUUCCGCGUCGGCAUCUUCGAUUAGAGUAUCUCCACUUCAAGGGGGAAGCUCUCAAGAAACUAUCACGACUUCCCCUUCAAGAAACACUUCCGGGAGUGGUCAAGAAAACCCGAUGGCGCCCAGUCCUUCAAACAGCUUCAUCUUAAACAUGGCGACUUCCGGUCCGCCUAUCACCUCCUCUCCACCUACUACAUCGGGGGAGACAGCACCGCCUCUCAACCUUCUUGGUUCUCUCAUCCCGAUACCUGACGGUUCGGGAUCAUCAGAGAGCUCCUCGUUCGCCCCUUCAACAUCUCUUCCGUUAGCCAUGCCGUCGAAUUUAACGGCAGAAGAUUGGAUGGGACUCAUUAGAGCCAUCCAGGCUCCCGCUCCCCCCUUUCCUGAAUUUAACGGUCAGGACUAUGAAGAUCCACAAAAAUUUCUGCAAGCUUGUGAGAAAUAUUUCUGUAACGCUCGCACGGAUCCAGACCAACGAACGCAGCUCGUAAAUAAGGGACUAAAGGGGGAUGCCCAGAAAUGGUGGGCAUUGUACAAAGAUCUCUUACUGCCGUGGGGAGAAUUCGAGUCUUUGCUGUUAAGCAAAUAUGCCAGUAGCACUGCAGUAAUGCGAUUACAUGAAUCUCUGUAUUCGCAAAAACAGGGAGAGAGAGAACCUGUCGCUAUCUUUCUCCAGCGAAAAAUCUUGUUAGCGAGACGAUUAAAUCCUCAAUUUGAUCCCGCAGACCUUACUACCUUGCUUCUAGAAUCCUUAAAGCCUAGCUUGCGCAAACUCGUUAGACUUUCAAAACCGAGAACAGUCACGGAACUCUUAGAAGUGUCCUCUAAAGCGGAACAAGACGAAGCCGAUUGUGCUCCCCGAAAAUCGGUUCCUACUAAAGAAGAACCUCCAAAGAAAUCAGUUUCGGAACCACUUAACCCUCGUCAACAAAGAUCACCGCCCCCUUGUCACUUCUGUCCCGAGAUGCACUUUCAUCGGGACUGUCCCAUACUCCAAACUCAGCGUUCUCAACCCUGUCAGGAAAACUGGCGAGCCCCGGCGGCCCAGGAUCUGCCUCGUGCUCGAGUCCGCAUUGGUACCCGAGAAAUCGUGGCAGAAAUUGACUCCUGCGCCACUCACAACUUCGUACGAUUAGCAGUGCUCACUGCUCACGAACGUUCCCUCCUUCAAUCAGGACCUACACAGGCGAAACUUGCCGCUAGUGGAGCCACGAUACAACUACAAGGCUCGCUGACCCUCUGCCCCCUUAUCGGAGACCAAGUUUACCCAGGUGUUUUCCACGCUUGUCGCGAUUUGCGCGCUGAUAUCGUCCUUGGUAGAGCAUGGCUCAAAGAUCACGAUGUUCAUCAUGAACACCGAAACGAUUGUCUCUACCUUGGAAGAAAGCAACGCCGUCAAAUUUAUUUGACACCACUAUCAGUUCCCCUCGCCGAGCCAACAGAGCCGCUACCAUUUGAUUUAACCUCUGUUCCGACUCAGUACGAAGCAGCAGUUCGAAGCGUUUUAAAAACUUUUGACCCGAUCUUCUAUAAGGGCGGAAAACUUCGCCACACCAUUGCCACUAGUCAUGAAAUCCGAAUAGCAAAUCCCCGACCUUUCAGAGCCGCUCCCCGUCAAUAUUCGGUAGAAAAACGAAGAUUCAUUGACACCGAGACAAAGGAAAUGCUCGCCCAAGAAGUUAUCGAACCAGCUACAGCUGACUUCAGUUCGGCUAUCGUUGUUGCUGAUAAACCUGGAGGGGGUUUCCGUUUCUGUGUCGACUAUCGUCCCGUCAACGGACAGACUGAGGACGCACCACAGUGUUUGCCCCGAAUCCACGACGUCCUCAAAACCGUAGGGACCGCUACGAUUUUCUCAACAAUGGAUUUUAAAAAUGGCUAUUGGCAAAUCCCCAUGUCCCCAAAGUCGAGAAAGUAUACCGCUUUCUCAACGCCUGAUGGAGGCCAAUACCAAUUCAAGAGGAUGCCUUUCGGCUUAAAAAACGCACCAGGCACCUUCCAAAAUUUGAUGCGUCAAGUACUCGCCUCAUUCUGGGGGGAGUUUUGUAUAGCGUAUCUGGAUGAUAUCAUCAUAUUCUCACAUUCGUGGGAGGAACACCUGGUACAUUUAGCCAAAGUUCUCGAAAGGAUCCAAAUCUUUGGUCUCACAUGCAGCCCCGCCAAAUGUCGUUUUGGACACACCAGACUUCCGUAUCUCGGUCAUGUCGUUUCGGCAAACGGAAACGAAGCACAACCAAAACACAUCGAAGCUAUUCAAAAUACUUCACCUCCAAGAAACCGGAGACAACUAGCUUCCUUCUUAGGGACGUGUAAUUGGCUAAUGGAGUACGUGCACCAUUACUCAGAAUUGACGGCCCCUCUGACGAACCUGUUGUCCGUAAAAAAGCCCUACAAAUGGACGGAAGUGCAUCAGAAGGCUUUUGAAACAGUCAAAGAAGCCUUUAAAGAACCUCCAGCUUUAAGUCGUCCCGAUCCACAACUCCCCUACGUACUCCAGAUUGAAACAGGUUCACUUGGUAUGGGAGCUGUCCUGUUCCAAAAAACUCAAACUGGAGAAAGGCGGAUCAUCUCGUACGGUAGUGCAAAGUUUAAACCCGUGGAAACCCGUUAUCCGUUAGACGAACAAACCUGUCUGACUAUCGUCUGGGCCUUUAAAAAAUACCGUCCGUAUUUAGAAGAACGCCCGUUUGUCCUCCGAGCAGAUAAAAAGGCCCUAGUCUGGUUGGACAAACUAAAAGGUACUCGGACCAAAUUAACAAGUUGGCACAUCUUGAUUAACGAGUUUAAAUUCACUGUGAAGCACGCACCGAAAAAUGAUCGAGGAUUACCUAAUGCCCUAUCCUCCGUUCCUGAUCCAAUGGAAGGAGCCCCUGGAGAAUCAGAUCUGGAGAGAAUCAUGUUUCCUGAUCAAAAUUCUCCUCCUACACAAGAAAUAGAUCUACCAGUCAUUAGUGCAAUUUAUACCCCCACUCUUCGAGACGAGAUCGUGGAGUUGCAACAAAAUGACCCACUCAUUGGUCGACAAAUGCAAGAGUGGAUCUCCAUAGGACAACGGGGACCAUCCAACCAACGAGAGGAGAAUUUCUAUGAAAGCAACUACCUCGACGAGCGUGGGUUCUGGAAGUUUUGCCCAUACAACGAGCGAUGGCAACUACGUGUUCCUACCACAAUGAAAGAACGAGUAUUAUGGGAAUACCACGAUGUCCCUUUAGCUGGGCAUCCCGGUGCGGAAGAAACUUUCCGCAGUAUAAGUGAACAUUUCUUUUGGCCGAAAAUGGGUCGCGACAUCCGCUCCUACGUGGCCAGUUGUCAUUUGUGCCUCUGCUCAAAACCGAUACAUCACCGGAACCACGUCGGCCUAAAACCCCGAAAACCUCAUUCAGCAUGGGAAACAAUUGCCCUAGACUUAAUGGGACCAUACCCCCUAACCACUAAAGGUAACCGCUUUAUCCUGGUAAUCACAGACCUUUUUACCCGAUGGGUUGAAGCCUUUCCGAUAAGAAAUUCUCACUCUUCAACUAUCAUCAGAAUUCUCGAGGAAGAAGUUUUCUCCCGUUACGGAUACCCACGUAAAAUCUUAAGUGAUAACGGCCCUCAGUUCCGAAGUAAUUUGUGGGCCAAAUCUGGUGAACAAUGGGCUUGUACCUUGUGGACUACACCAGAAUAUCAUCCCCAAGGAAACCCCACGGAACGACGUAACCAAGAGGUGAAGAAGGGUCUUCGACUCCGUCUCCAUGAUGGAAAUCAGCGAAUAUGGGACCAAAAGCUACCACAACUACUCCUUGGCCUUCGGCGGCGCCGAAAUGCCGCCACAGGAUUUACUCCAGCAAGUUUAAUGUUCGGUCGACAAAUCCGACGUCCCGGAGAAUGGGAUUUACCUAUCGAUCUGGAACCAAAACAGGAUGAAGGAUUUCAACAUCGCGAGAAUAAGGCCUUCCAGCACCAAACGCAAUACCAACGACGCUACGCGGGUCCACCAAAUGAACCCCCCUUCAAAGUUGGAGAUUUGGUUCUAGCAAAAAAUACACGCCUUUCAAAUGCCGCCGAACGGUACAAUGCCAGAUUGGCGCCUAUUCGGACCGGGCCUUAUCCAGUUCUAGAAAUCGUGUCCCCUGGUGUACUUUGGAUCCAAAAAGAAGAUGGGCCCCACAAAGUCUAUGUUACGGACGUGAUAUUAGCUCCCAUCCUGAAACGCGAUCCAGUAGUUCCAGAAGUACCUUCGCCAUCAGAGGAUCCCACUCCAACUAGAACAACGGUCAAUGAGGACGAGAAGAUGACUGAUAACUCCGAAGAGUUAUUUACAAAUGAGGCGGUACACGCUCAAGUCAACUUCCCUCUCAGACUUACAUCUCCGACUAUUCUCAACAAUUCAAUCCCUGAAAUUACGCAACCAACCACGAUUCCACUUGCUGAGCAGAUUGAUAUGGAGAUUCCUGCUACCUCACGUCAGCAAGAACAACUCGACGAUAGUCCACACGUCGAACUACAAUAUCGCUUGCGUCCUCGAUUACUGCGAGAUACCGUCACUUCGGACGAAGUGACAAAGACGAAACGUGAACUCGGAAUAGUUCACACUACCAGCGCUUCAAGAAUCACCACCAGAGGACCCUUGGAUAAAACAACAACAAUGACACAUGCGGCUGGAAAAGCUCACGUGUCCAACUCGCCAACAACCAACGACCAGGAAGAGGACAUCUACAAAGAAGAUAUACCGUCGAACUUCCUUCGUUGA